AUGGUUUCGAGACAGCUACUAAAACCGGUAAUUACUGAUGUGAUGUUCAAAGGAAUGCAUUUUAUUAUUAUGGAUUCACCGGCCGCUGACACUGUUCAAACCUUCGCCAAGCUACUUCUUCGUAAGGAAUGUUCUCGGCUGCGAGUUUCCGACGUGAUCCGAGUGUGUGAGGACAAAUAUCCCAUCGAGCCAUUCGAGAAAGUGGGAAUUAAAGUUCACCAUUGGGAAUUUGAAGACGGAUCCUUCCCUCCUGACGACAUUUUGGAGAAGUGGUUCGAGCUCUUGCGGUUGCGGUUCUACGGUCCUAAAAAGACCCCGUCUGGUGAUGGGAACGGAAAUGAUAAUUCUCACCCAGGGUCUGUGGCUGUGCAUUGCUUGGCUGGCUAUGGAAGAGCUCCUGUUCUGGUAGCUGUUGCGCUGAUGGAAUUGGGAAUGUCCAAUCAAGAGGCCAUCGAGUUGAUUAGAUCCAAACGCAAAGGUGCUUUCAACGAUCGCCAGGUAGAGUCCUUGCGUAAUUAUCGAGCCAGAAAUCGGCUGCGCAAGAAUCUCCAUCAGUGCAUCCACCCACUCAUUCAGCAUCCGUCGGCGGAAUAUCUAGAAAGUCCUGUGAACUUUGGGCCACCGGAGUUACCUACGUAUACGUGUGGCCAAGGUGUCAACCCCGGCCACCCUCCCACCUACGCCCAUUGUGGUCACGGCUGUUUCAAUCAAUAUAAGCUGUCAUGUGGCUGA